UCGGACAGGUACGAUCAUAGCAUCGGACCGUGCACUUUUUUAUACGAACAUAAAGCGUGACACCUUAAACUAAUAAAUAUCCCAAAAACCCCUCUGGAAUCUUACGCCCUUCCGAAAUAUCUAACCCCAUCCCACCUCCACCACCUCCACCGCCGCCGUCUCCCCCUCCAUCGUCCCCCCUCCCUUCAAUACCUAGCUUGGAAUUCUCUCUUCGGAUCUUGAAUUCCCAUAAUGGGGGAGGAAGCCAACGACAGCGACUUCAACCGCCUCGCCGCCGCCGCCGAGGACGGCGGCGACGGAGACGAGGAAAGGGUCCUUGACUGGGAGAUUGGGCUCCCCAGCGCCGAGGACCUCACUCCGUUAUCCCAGUCUCUGAUCCCGCGGGAGCUCGCCUCCGCCUUCAGGAUCACGCCGGAGCCACCAAGAACCAUUCUCGACGUCCACCGCGCCUCCCAGCAAACCCUCUCCAACCUCCACCGCCACGUCCCGUCGUCUUCCUCCUCGGCCGCCCUCAGAUCCUUCAAUCCCUUCCCCACCUCUUCCGCCACCGCCGAUGAUCCCAUGGUUCUUGAGGGUGACGAUCCUUCCGGCAAGAACGGCGCAGGCGAUUCCUCCCGCAAGGUCCGGAGGUCGGAUGGCUCCCCCUCCGCCACCGCCCCCAUGGAGGAGGCCGAUUCCAAUGCUCCCCGGCCGGAGAACUCCAACGACGAUCACUCUGCAAGAACUCUCAAGAGGCCCCGACUCGUUUGGACCCCGCAGCUCCACAAGAGGUUCGUGGAUGUCGUCGCCCAUCUUGGCAUCAAGAACGCUGUGCCUAAGACCAUCAUGCAGCUCAUGAACGUGGAGGGGCUGACGAGGGAGAACGUCGCGAGCCAUCUCCAAAAGUACCGCCUUUAUCUCAAGAGGAUGCAGGGGCUUUCGAACGAGGGGCCGUCAUCCUCCGACCAUCUGUUUGCCUCGACGCCGGUGCCGCAGAGCUUGCACGAGCAUCCGGUGCCGGUGCCCAUGCCCUAUGCAGUGCCGGCGAUGGUCCCGAUGCCGGUAUUUGGCAUGGCUCACCCCCAUGGUCAUGGAGGUCCUGUGGGGAUGGUGCCGGUAAAUAACUACCAGCGUAAUGGAGCCUACCAUGGAUUCGCGUCGUACAAUCCUUUUGGAGCUCUCGGGGAGCAGCCCAAGGAUCGGCCCGGUGGUAACAACUUUGGUUCGAUGCUUUCGUAUCCCCAUGUUAUCCCUAAUGAUAAAUAACCGAGAAAUAAAAAGGAUGCUUCAAACACAACUGGUUCGAUUGACGAUUGAGACACCAGAUGAAGCUUGCUAAGGAUCAACCUUGGGGACUAUUAUUUCUUUGUCUUUAAUCUGCUUCCACCCACAGCAUUUCUUUACAAGUUGAGGCUCCAAAUCAAGUUCACAAUAGACAUUUUUCUUCCAUCGAAGAAACAACGCAUAUUUCUGUUUAAAAGUUACUACCAGGUUGUUCAGCCCAUCUCUUCUCUGCAUUCAUCAAUUUUGCGCCCAUCUUUUAGAAAAUUUUGCGCCCUUCUUUCUUCUAUUUUAUUUCCCCAUAUCAUCAACGUCAAAUGAUAUCCCUUAUCCAUUGAGAUGCACUGUACAAGCCCCUUUAUAUAUCUCUUUAUUCUGUCUUCAGACCUGCUGUUAUCCAGAAGUUGUUGAUGCGCCAUCAGAACUAUA